CGCGCCGUGCUGGCCAAGGUGCUGUGCGACCAGCUGCUGGGCGCGCCCGUGGCCGUGCUGGCCUUCUACACGGGUAUGAGUAUACUUCAGGGGAAAGAGGACAUUUUCUCAGACUGUAAAAAGAAAUUCUGGAAUACUUAUAAGACUGGGCUGAUGUACUGGCCUUUCGUACAGCUGUCAAACUUCAUCUUGGUCCCUGUUUACCUGAGGACAGCUUACACUGGACUCUGUGGCUUUCUCUGGGCUACCUUCAUUUGCUUUUCACAACAGAGUGGGGAUGGCACGGCAAAAUCAGUUUUUCAGUUGUUCCAAAGAGAGAAGGUCAAAACAGAUGAUGAACCAUCAGAGAAAUGAAAAUGAUGUUUAAUGAAGUAUUCCUAUUAAGUGGUUAAACAGUACUUAUAAAAGCCAGUGAAUUAUCCUGCCAGCUGAUUGCUCUUGCAAAUGAAUAUUUCUCCCAGUGUUCAGUGGUGAAUGUAUGAGUGGAGCAAUUUGUUUUUGUGCCUGUUUAGUUUUGCACAAAAGAGGCCAGUUGCGUAUUUGUGUUUAAUUAUUUUAAUGCUGCCAGCCCAUCUCCUCUGGGACUAUAGCCUGUAACAGGGCUGUGCAAGCAUUUGCACAUCAUGUCUGCCAGCAUCACUGGGGAGAAAUAUUAACUGUAAUUUAAUUUUCAAGCAACUUAUAAUUGCUAGAAAAGCAAGAAUAGAACAUUAAAUCAUCAGUGUUUGUACAUGCCAAUUAUUAUCAGGGCAGGAUUCCUUUUGCAGAACAACAUUUACUGAAGUUUUCUCUGAAUUCCAAAAAAGUGGCAUUAAAUUUGUAUUAAUUCUGAGAUAACAGAAACUAUUUCAUAGGGGCCAUUUUCUUAUAAUUUUUUGAUUCUUGUCUUAGUCUUCAUGAGAAGCUAUACAAAUAAUAACCUUUCAGAAUUUACCAGCUAAGCUCAAAAUUUGUUUGCUCAACCUUUCCUAUAACAAUAAGGGGAAAAUUUAAGGUUACCUUGCUGUAAUUGGAUUUCUUUGAGAAGGAUUUUAUAUUAAGGACAUACAUCAGCAAUAUGUCGCUCAUAUGGCAGAACCUGACUAACUAAUAGAAAGCCCAUAUGCACUUCUUGCCCAUCAGCUACUCAUUUCUGAAUGCUGUGGAAAGGGUAUAAAGGGGGGAGUGCAGUCAUCUCGGUUCCUUCCUCUUGCUUCCUUAGGGUGAAGACUGAAUUACGAUUUUGAGGGAGAGGGGAAGGUGUGCAAGGAAUGGAGUGUGCAGAGCCUGUCUCAAAGAACUCCAUUUCUGACCAAGUAACCUUCGUAUCUCCUUCACAUGGCCUUUGUAUAUUCUCACUCAUAAGAGAUUGGUAUGUAGUGACUCUGGAAAGAGGGUAGGACAAGGUGAAAAAUGAUUAUCACAUUGAGCAUACCUCUGGAAGAAGGUAUGGUGAUUUCUGCUGUGUAAAUGGAAUGGGACUCAAAAUAGCAACUUUAUACAUUCCCAUGACUGGAAUAAAUAUGAGACUAGCUAACAAAGAUGCCUCUGCUCUAGUAGAAUAGGAUGUUUUGCUUUAUGGAAUGAGGAUGGCAGCUAAUUUUUAAGAUUAGGCAAGUUUAAAUAGUGAAAGCCCUCUUAGGGCACAUCCAGACGA